CGCAGCCCGAAUCCCCUUCUGAGCACGCCAGGCGGACAAGCACACUUCUGAGUCGCCGAGUUCCCACCACAGUACCUUCCAUAGUACCGAACAGCGCUCAGACACACGCCGAGACCAUGGACCAGCUCUGCAAGCUGUUCGUCGGCGGCCUGAACGUCCAGACCACCAACGAGGGGCUCCGCGCUCACUUCGAGCAGUACGGAAAGCUCACCGACUGCGUGGUGGUACAGAACGAGCAGCUGCAGCGCUCGCGGUGCUUCGGCUUCGUCACCUACUCCAGCGCCGAGGAGGCGGACGCGGCCAUGGCGGCCCGGCCGCACGUGGUGGACGGGAAGAACGUGGAGCUGAAGCGGGCCGUGGCGCGGGAGGACGCCGGCCGGCCCGAGGCUCUGGCCAAGGUAAAGAAGAUCUUCGUCGGCGGGCUGAAGGAGGACAUCGAGGAGAACGAGCUGAAUGAGUACUUCUCGCAGUUCGGCGUGAUCGAGAAGUCGGAGGUAAUCACGGAUAAAGACACCGGCAAGAAGCGCGGCUUCGGCUUCGUGCACUUCGAGGACAACGACUCCGCCGACAAGGCCGUGGUGCUCAAGUUCCACACGAUCAAGGGCCACAAGGUGGAGGUGAAGAAGGCGCUCACCCGGCAGGAGAUCCAGGCGGCCGGCGGGGCCCGCGGAGGCCGGGGCCGAGGCGGCGGAGGCGGCAGGGGGAUGGGGAGAAACCAAAAUGGCUUCGCAGGAGGAAGAGGAGGAGGCGGGUACAACAGCUAUGGUGGCGGCUAUGGAGGAGGCGGCUAUGGCGGUGGAAACGAAGGUGGCGGCUAUGGCGGCGGAUACGGAGGCGGCUAUGGCGCUGGUGGCGGAGGAUACGGCGGCGGCUAUGGUGGCGGCUACAGCGACCAGAUGGGUGGCGGUGGGUACGGUGGCGGGAACGGCUACAGUGACUUUGGCAGCGGCUACGGCCAGCAGUCCUCCGGCUACGGGCCCAUGAAAGGCGGGAACACCUACGCCGGCCGGAGCGGCGGUGGUGGCGGUGCCCCGUACCCACGCGGUGGAGGCGGCGGCGGCGGAGCUUCUGGAUACGGCAGGGGAGGAGGAUACGGCGCUUAUUAGAGAUAGAUAGAUAGGUUAGCUAACUGGCGUUAAUAUUAUUAUUGAUUGAUUGAUCGUUCGUUAGAGCCACCAUUGAAAGAAAGGAGAGAAAGAGAGAGUGAGAGACUCGACAAGCUCUGUCCCAUUUAUUUCUCUUAGCUAAAAUAUAUUAUUUCUCACUUUUUUUUCUUUUUUUUUUUUUUUUUU